GAUUUGUUAUCAAUUGGAGAAGGUAAUAGGAACUUUCAAGAAGAUGGCAGAGUUCAUUGGAAUAAGUUUGCAUUGAUGGGCGACGUGCUCAAUAUGAUUCGUAAAUUUCAAAAGUCCUCGUACAAUAUUAAAAGUAAUAUACUUAUUGAAAAAUUCAUUGCUGACACUGUUAUUAUGAACGACGAUGAAUUAUAUAAAAAGUCAUUGGAACUUGAACCUCGAAUUCAAAGAGCUGCUAGUGAGAGCAGACAAAUCCUUCAAGUGGUUUAUGUUUAUGGUUUUUAUGCAAAAACAAAAGACAUUCUUUUAGCUUCUAAGAACUCAGUAUUUUGCUUACUGA